AUGGAUUUCAUUGGUUGCUCUCUGUCGGAGCUUGGUCGGUUGUCUUUUUGUUUCGAGCUCACCGGAGUUAUUUUUGAUGUCCUUUGUCGCUCCGGCGUGGUCACGAGCUCAUGGGUUUCAGUCGGUGACCUGCAAAAAAUAGAAGAGGAAUCGUUGUUCCCGGUUGGAUUUGCGGUCUGGUUUGGUGGCUGUUCGUUGUGCUCCAGUUCUUCGAAGCUGGAAGAGGACAGAGAGACCGGGGUUUUGGGUUGGAGACGAGGGUGGUUUGGUGGUGGAUCUGGUUGGAGAAGAGGGGAAAACGGGGUUUUGGGUGAACCUGGUGGUUUUCUGGUUAUCGUGGUGGUUUGGUGUGGAGGAGAGGAGAGGAAUAAUGGAGUUUUGGGAUCAUUUGGUGGCUGGUUGGGCGGCCGUUCCAGUAGAGCUGGAGGUUUGGUUAAAAAUGGUAGUUUCACCGGAAAAUCGAGGAGAAUAAAGGGGGGUUUUGGAUUGCUGAAACUUCGCCGGAUUUUGGGGUAG